AUGGCGGAUGGACCCAACAGCCUCCUCUCCUUCUUAACUUUAUUCCUCGUAUUAUUAAGUUGUGGAAGUAGACAUGUUGACGGAAGAAUACUCAAGAGCAUCACACUGAGUGAAGAAGACGACGACGUAAUCGACUGUAUUGAUAUCUACAAACAGCCUGCUUUUGAUCAUCCACUUCUCAAGAAUCACACAAUACAGAUGAAACCCAGUUCAUCGCCAAGCGGAAUUAGAGGAGGAGAAUUAUUUUCGAAUACGUUCGAAAAAUUGUUCGAGUGUCCUGAAGGAUCGGUUCCAAUUAGAAGACAUCGAACAGAUUUUCCUCCGAAAGUAAACCCUUUCGCUCCACAAGCUACGCGACUUAACUUUAAUAACAGCUUUCUAUCCACCGUAGGUCACGAGUAUGCUAAUGUUGAGGUAAGAGGUGGCCGGUACUUUGGAUCACAUGCAAUGCUUAAUGCAUGGCAACCCUUGACAUCUGGUCGAGACAUCAGCAUUAGUCAACUGUGGGUUACAGCCGGACCCUACGAAAAUUUAAAUACUGUUGAGGCCGGAUGGAUUGCCAACAACAAAGUUAAGGACACUACAAUUUUCGUAUAUUGGACGAGAGAUGGGUAUGAAAACACUGGAUGCUACAAUCUUAAUUGUCCAGGGUUUGUAAUAACUAAUAGAGCACACAGUCCUGGUUUUCGGAUAACACCUUUAUCCACCUUUAAUGGAGAACAAAGAGGGAUAGCCUUAACCAUACACAAGGACAAGAAAAGUGGGAACUGGUGGGUGGAGUUGAACGGGGAAGCCAUCGGAUACUGGCCAGGAUCGAUCUUCACGAGCUUACAAGGUAACGCGGACAGGUUAAUUUAUGGGGGAGAGAUAUCGAAUUCAAAUCCUGAUGGUCAUCACACGACAACUCAAAUGGGAAGCGGGCAUUUUGCAGAGGGAGGUUUCAAGAAAGCCGCGUUCGUCGGAAACAUUCAAUACAUUGAUGAAUCCGGUAAGGCAAAAGAUCCAGAAAGUCUUAUAUCCACUGUCACAAACCCUGCCUGUUAUAAUUUGAAGAUUGCUCCCCGCAGCUCAGUUUAUGGAACUCACUUCUAUUUUGGGGGUCCUGGAUAUUCUGAUAAGUGUCCAUAA